AAAGAAUCUAUCUACUUUCCUAGCCAGCUUUAGACCUCCAUGUUCGCUGCUGGCAUAGCGUCCUUGGUGGGUGCGGCAGCGUACGCCUACAGCUACAACCUGGGACGCUUCAGAUUCAACUCACUGCAGCGGCAAGAAUGUUUGCAUCACUUUCAGGACAUGCGUAUCGAGCUCUGGAAUCUCUUCCGGGAAGAUGUGCGAGAUGUUUUCGAGUGCACCAGGGCCAAUAUGGACAACUAUAUGGUGGUAGGGACUUUGAUCAUCGCCUCGGUCAUGAACUUCAUGGCUGUGGGAUAUCCCACCUUCCCCAUGGAGCCGCCCUGGCUACUGGUCAUUUGGAACAACUGCGUCUUCAGUUGCAUCAUCUUCGGUAUGGUGGGCGUUUGGCUGGCCAUGAAUGGCUCCAUUGCAGCUACUUCAGCCUCCACCAAGAUCUUGACUCAGGCGGUACGCCCUCCCGUGGCCUCCCUUCUGGAGAUUUCAGAGGCAAUGCGUGCGCAGGAGGAGUAUGAGGCGCUCCCAAAGAACUUCGUUCAGGUCCCCAGUGUCCUGCAAGACGGAGAGCUGCCAGCACACGACCGGGUCCAUCAAAACAUCUCCAGCCUCCGGCGCGCAGCCUCCGUGCCGGCAAUCCGAAAGACAAGGAGUACUCCUGUGACAAAAGAGAUGGAGGUUUUGCGCUGGGUUGAUGAAACAGCCCAUGCGACUGAAGGUGUCGUGAAGCGUUUGCACACCGAGGAUGAUGGUGGCCCUGGCCGCAGUGCUGCACUCUAUUCGCACUUCUGGAUGCUGCGCCGGGUGCAGCGUGGCUAUGCCUGUUUUGAUGCGUACGCGCGGAUCUCGCUAGCAGUCUCCGCCCAACAGCUAGUGCUGGUGGAGUCCUACUUUGCACUGGGGCACUUCAUGCUGAAGUCUGAAGGCUGGCCAUCACCUGUGCAGAACACUGAGGGCGCAUGGCUGGCGUUGCUGAUGGGGGUAUACGCGUGCUGGAUUUUGUUUAAGCUGGACCUGUACAUGAAGAAGGAGCAAAGGCGGCUCGUGCAGCUGGGUCUUUGGCUUGCGCCAAUGUUGGCUGCCUUGGCCACACAGCUCUUCAACAUCCGUACCAAGCACGGAGAAGGCGGUGUACGGCCUUGCGACCAGAUCGUGCCGGUGUGGCUACCAUGGAUAGUUGCCUUGUUGGCUUGCUCCUGCCACAUGCUGUGGAUACUCAUCAUCCUUUUUGUGUCUAGGCCCCUCCUCGCCAACAUGGAGCUUCCGGUGUCCUUUAGGGCUGCCAUCUACCUGGACAUAUUCGGCUGGCACAGCCGCCACUUCCGUGCCUCGGUGGUGGAGAACCACCAAGGGCCUUUGGCCCACUGGGACGUGCGGGGCGCUCACGACGCGCACGGGGCGCACGACGGUGAGACCUCGUUCUUGCCGAUGUCGCCCGGUGGGGAUCAGCAACGCCGGGCCUUUGCGACCUUUACGGAGGCGAAGCGCCUCAGCCGUACCCUCUCGAAGCUCAGCCGCCCGGAGUCGGCCAAGCACUUCGCGCCGGAGGAUAAAGCGAGCGUGGAACACAUGAAGACGGUCUUAGAUGAGGAGCUCAAGGAUUUGCAGAGUCAGCUGUCCAUGCCCUGGAGUCGACAAACUUCGGAGGGCUGGAGCAGGCAGUCCUCACCGAUGGGGAGCUCCUGGCUCCAGAGUGCUUGCGACGAUGGCAGCGGGAGCCUGGUGCCCUACUGGGUGGAUUGCCGGUCUGGCCAGGUGGUUUGGUCGCGGCCCGAUGGCAUGAUCUUGGAUCUUGUGCGCAUCACCGAGUCCGUACAGGAGCUGCUGGAUCGCAUUAAUAGCUCGGAAGACGUGACGGGCCCCAUGGUGGAUGCUGAGGCCCUGCCAUUUGAGCUAAUGCCCAUUACGCCUGAGAGCGAGAUGAGCAGCAGCAUUUUGCCCUGGAAGAGUCUGCAGCGCGUUUGCCUUGCUCAGUUACUGGUUUGGCUGGGCUCUAUCCUAGUGGUUCUCUUUGACCCGAUGUACUACGACACCCCCAUUGCGCCUCGUGAGUUGUACAACCCGUUCGUGCUGCGGAAGUUGAAUGUAAAUUGGCCUCAUCGUCACUUCCGGCCGAGUGCUAUGACGUGUGGCACCAACGACGCCACGGUGUAUGUGGGUGACCAGUUUGCCAUUUGGAGCGGUGAGCUCUACUGGGACCAGGAGGCCGUGGAGCUCUAUGACGCUGACGUGCACUCGCUGCGUGGCCGCCGGCAUUUGCGGCGUCACGAGCGGUUGGCGGACGUGGAGAAGCGCCCGCUAAAGCUGCAGAAUGUAACGCUGCACCCAGUGAUCCCGGCCAUUGAGCUGGAGGCCGCCUGGAUUGGCUUUGGCAUCUUGCGGCGCAAGGGGAAGGUGCUGAUGCUACACCAAGAGACUCACAACCUCACCGAGCAGUCAAUCUACCCAUGGAUCCCGGGGAAGAAGACCUGGCGCUUGGGCCCAGCACUACCGAGCCGCAACCUGGUGGCGCUGCAGCUCUUGGAGGGCUCCGACGCGGUGGUUUGCAGCCAGCGGAAGGGCUUCGUGGACAUGGGAUGGGCAGUGCUGGCGGCUACGGAUUCAGGGCAAGUGAUUGUGCUGUGCCCCACCUUGGAAGAUGAGCUGCACCCGGUGGAAAUGCUGAUCUCCCUGAGACAUCGAAAGAUUGCCGAGAGCGUGGUCUCAAUUGUGGACACUGGCUGGGGAGGGUUGAGCUGAGUUGCGUUAAGUCGCUUAAGUUGUUGAUAGUUGUUGGAAUUUGAGGUUGUGAAGAUCCCAAAUCUUCAAACUUGGGCCUUGGGUUCUCAUGACCGGUUUCUGUGGAGCAGUUUCAGGACUCCCACACAGGAUCCAAUAGCCCAAGACAUAGGAAGAUCAUUGGCGUGGAUUUGGAUCCUGAGAUGGAGGCCCCGAGGAUCGACGCUGUGUGACAAGAGGACGCUACUAGGAACAAGUGCAUCGCUACUAGCCUUACUAGUAGUAACAAGAAGCUACGAACGGGGCUCCUAGCAUCGCUACUAGGAGCAAGUGCCACGCUACUAGGGGCUCCUGGCCGUACUACUAGGAGCAAGGGCAUCGCUACUAGUGACAAGUGAUACAGUGGCGUUGGCGUGUUGGGGGACUUGUGGCAACUUGCUGCCAUUAAGUUGGCUGGCUUGGCCCGGCAGAGUCCCCCCCAUUGCUACAUGUGGGAUGUUUUCUUUGUAAAGUAAAUAUCCAUCCUAACCCCUUCUUUCUCGCAAAGGCCUGUGAUUUCAUGGGCUCAGUUUGUUCGCGAGGUAUCAAUGAGAUAGAGAGAGUGGUUAAGCCUUCGUAUACAGUGUACAGUGUACAGUGAGCAUUUUUCCCAACAUUGCCAAACACGCCAAUCAAACACCCCAAUGUGUGCGUGCCAUUUUUUUCCUCGCCGCAACAGUUCUUUUGUUCAUCCUCCAUCAGAGUCUCCGCAGAUCUUGUGGAUCUUCUCGCAAACCAGUGACGGCGGGGGGGACCUGCGCCUCGUGGACCAGCGCACCGCGCGGGUCGUGGACGUUUGGCCACUGCCCAGUGGCCGCUGGUGGGCGCCAGGCUUUUGCAACCUGGGCUUUACCCAGGGCUUCGUGCUGGCGGGUGCUGCGGACCUCAAAGCCUCCCGGGGCGGACCAGAGCUCUGGCGUUUCAUGCCGUUCGCGACUCAAAAAUUCCGCAAGUGGGCCAAAGAGACGGGACGAUCUCCCAGCUGACUGCGGAAUGCUGGAAGAUGGCUGAAUGCCUUUGGAUCUAAGAAAUGAAACUAGCAGAGAGAAACGGUUGCGGCCAAGAACAAGUUGUAUUGGCCGCUGUUCUGAUACAACAUCGUUCAGCAGCCAGAAACAUUGCUGCGGCUGUUUGUGUUCAGUAUAAAAGGCAUACCAUGGUGCUUGACAUGAGGUGCAAGGACUGUGGUAGCUUUGCACGAGUUUUUCACAAUCCAUUUUUGAGCGGAUUUUCGAGGCCCAAGCAGAUAUUUCAAGCAUCACUGCUUGAUUUUGCUUUCGCCAAUUUUAAGCCCAAACGCUCUUCAGGCGCCCAAGCUUGGGUUGUUAUUUCUCACUGCUAAGCCAGUGGGACGCUUCUGCCCCACCCUGUGGAUAACAUGGGGGAAUUGUGGAAGAGGAAUGUAGGCGACAACAGACGCGUCAA